AUGGCCGCGGCCAUCGCCAGCUCGCUGAUCCGGCAGAAGCGCCAGGCCCGCGAGUCCAACAGCGACCGCGUGUCCGCUUCCAAGCGCCGCUCCAGCCCCAGCAAGGACGGCCGCUCCCUCUGCGAGAGGCACGUGCUGGGCGUCUUCAGCAAGGUGCGCUUCUGCAGCGGCAGGAAGAGGCACGUCCGGCGGAGACCAGAGCCCCAGCUGAAAGGAAUCGUGACCCGGCUGUUCAGCCAGCAGGAGUUCUUCCUGCAGAUGCACCCGGAUGGGACGAUCGAUGGGACCAAGGACGAGAACAGCGACUACACCCUCUUCAACCUGAUCCCAGUGGGCCUGCGCGUGGUGGCCAUCCAGGGUGUGAAGGCAGGCCUGUACGUGGCCAUGAACGCCGAGGGGUACCUCUACAGCUCCGACAUCUUCACACCCGAGUGCAAAUUUAAGGAGUCCGUCUUUGAAAACUACUAUGUUAUAUAUUCCUCCACGCUGUACCGGCAGCAGGAAUCGGGGAGAGCCUGGUUCUUGGGACUCAAUAAAGAAGGGCAGAUUAUGAAGGGGAACCGGGUGAAAAAGACCAAGCCAUCAUCGCAUUUUGUACCAAAACCCAUAGAAGUGUGCAUGUACAGAGAGCCAUCCCUGCAUGAAAUUGGAGAGAAACAAGGACGCUCCAGGAAAAGUUCAGGGACGCCCACCAUGAACGGGGGCAAAGUCGUCAACCAGGACUCGACAUAG